AUGUCUUCAAAAAACUUAGAUUUGUCAGAUCCUGAACAUCCAAAAGAUUUAAAACCGCCUUACCUUAAAUUAUACUCACUCGGAAGUCCAAAUGGUCAAAAAAUUUCAUUAUAUUUAAAACUAUUAGGAAUUGAAGAUUAUUACUAUAGACAAUUGGAUAUUAGAACAAACAUCCAAAAAGAACCAUGGUUCAUUGCAAUCAACCCAAAUGGCCGUGUCCCAACAUUAAGUGAUGUUGAUUCUCAAGGGAAACAAACAAUUUUAUUUGAAACUGGUGCAAUCUUGCUAUAUUUAGUGGCCUCACAUGCUCCAUAUCAAGGUCAAGCUACCCAAUUUCAACAUUAUGCUCCAGAAAAGAUUGAAUAUGGUAUUAAAAGAUAUAAAGGUGAAACUGAAAGCGUCUUUGGAGUCUAUGAAUUACGAUUAAAGGAAAACGAUGGUUGGUUAGUUGGUGACCAUUUCAAUAUUGCUGAUAUUGCUGCCUUCCCUUGGGUUAGAGUUUAUGCUUAUAAUGAUAUUGAUAUUGAUCAAUUCCCUCAUUUGAAAGCAUGGAUUGAAAAAAUAAAGAUCAUUGAUGGUGUUCAGGCUGGUUUGGAUGUUAAGUGA